AACCCCACGCGAAUGGAAGCCAUUUCGAACUGUGGCGCUGGUCAAACACAGUGAACGUGUCGCCUAAUCACAUAGCAUACCACUACAGCACAGCAAAGCACAACCAAGUUUUUUGGUGAAGAAGAAAAAAAUUGUACAAUAGUUGAAUAAAAAAUUUACAAAAAACGCGAUACAGUUGUAUGAAAAUAAAGUGUAGAGGUGUGUGGAAGUGAAAAUAAAAAUAUUUCGAAACUAAAACACGUAUGAAGUUAGCGGAAUUUCAUGUGAAAAAGUUAAAUUUCUUUACCGCUUUGGCUUUGGCGUUGGCCCGUGUUGAGAAGGAAUAUUUUAUUCAAAGUACUACUCUUGUGGUGGAAUUUCGAAAUCACUUAAAAAGGAAUCGAGCGUGAAAAGUUAAAUAUAAUUUGAGCUCGAGUGAACCGAGUAAUACUUGUGAAAGUAAUUUUUUAAGUCAAAAUUCACACAUCCCAAAAACAAAGAAAAAGGAAAGAAAAGAAGUUGAUCAGAAAAUACGAAUAUGUGAAACAUGGGAAAAAGCUAUUAAUUUUCGAAAUAAAUAUCUUUCGGCAGUGAUGUGAAUACAUAUGAAAAUUUAUGUGCGGAAACUUGCGGAGCAUUGAAUUCUUCUCAGCGCAACGACCAAGUGUAAAAAGCAAUGUGCAGUGUGUAUAUGUGGACACGACAUAUCAUAAAUUACGUAAAGUGUCAAUAAAUGGAUAUAAAUCUACGGAAAAUAUUAGCAACCACAAAUCGAUUUAUGUGUGAGGAGAAUAACUAAGUACAAUAUAAAAUUCGAAUAUACAUAUACGCACACAUACGUACGUGCAUAUAUAUGAAUGCACAUACGUGAGCCAUAGAACAUUUGUGUGAAAAUUUUGUAGCUUUUACAGUUUUCUCGAAAACAUGGCAAAAAAGCGAGUGUCCCAAGUGCUGACAUCUAAUUGGGAUCGACACUCCAGUGAUUGCUAUAUGGUGGCAAGCGGAAGUGCAUAAAAAAAUAAUUAAAAUAUUGAAGCUAAAGUUGAUGGGGAAGAUAAUUUGAUAGAAAACUAAACACAUAUGCAAUAAUAAUCGCAAUAUCUCUAACAUAUGUAUGUAUGUGGAAAAUAUAAAAAAUAUAAAUACCAUAUAAAAACAUAUCCAGUCAACUGAAGGUGCCUAAUGAACAUUUACCUUGCAAGGCGCAAUGCAAAAUAUUUUAUAGCCGCUCAAGUGCAACAAACGCCAACCGCAACGCCACCCGCUGUGCAACUAAAUACAGAAAUUUCACAGUUCACUUGUUCGCAUUUUUCGCCAGUUUGCAUUGUUUGAAUAUUCGCGCAAAGCAGUGCACACAUUUAGCAUUACGUAUACGCACCGGUGAGCUUACAAAACGAAUGGGCAUUGCGUGUGAAGCGACGCAAGGUAGACAAUAAAAAGUAAUAAUAAUAAACAAUAAAAACAAUAAAACAAACAAAAAGCCAAUAAAAGAGCAACAAAAGAGACGACAGCAAAAAGCUAAGGCGAACGACAAAAGAAAAAAAAAAGCAACAACAUUUGAGGUGAACAACAACACAAAGCAUCAUAUAUGUAUGUAUGUAUUGAAAGUAGCAACUAUUGUGAAAGGAAAAACAAAUCAUUAUCAGCACUUAUACGCUUGAUCUCCAAAAUAAUAAUGCAUAUGCAGACAAUACAACAAUAUAAGGUCAUAAAUAAAGUAAAAGCGUCAAAAGCAAUUUGCUAAAACUAUAAAAACGCGUAUCGCUUGCACUUAAGCGGAAAAAGCACAAAAAAUACUGUUUAGGGUUGUAGUGCAACCAUUUAAAUUAUCAGAAACCAAACAAUAAAAACAAAUAAAAAAUUAAAACUGUGCACAUUUACACGCUUUGCAACACAUACAAGCGCCGUCUACUGACGCUACUUCACAAUGGAACGCAAAAAUAUUGGCGCUUGGGCGCUGUGUUUGUUCGUUUUGGUAUUUAAAAUCAACGUUUUUGCUGUGGUCGCCGAUCAGGAUGAGGAUAUACCACAUAAUGAAGUGCGAAAUUGGGCGCUCAAAUUUGGCGUGGACCUUUGGGAAUUUGGACGACAGUUUACGAAAAUGAACGAAAUAAAAAAUCGUUUUAAGGACAAUGACAUCGACGUAAAGCGAAAGGAUGGCAUCAUAUUGCUACGUGAAUUGGCAGCUGAGGUGAAAAAUUUCAUGGAUUUCAAACGCAAUGCAGUGAUGCGCAUCAUGGACUCCGCCGAACAGGCCGCUCUUUCCGAAUUGGACUCACAGAAUUCCCACAGCACUUCAGCGACGGCAAAUAAUCAACACUACGACGCACGUCGCAUUAACGAAUACAACUCGGAUGGCAAAUUGGCCGAUGGCGCACGUCACAUGGAUAUACGCUUUAUGCGCCGAUUUGAGCGUUUACCAGUCAAUCUCAGCCUUAGUUCGAUUUUAGUACCGAAUGGGGUUUCAAUGGACGAUGGCGAUGUAAAGGCUGCACUGCAGUGGAGUGCGCAUCUGGAUCCACUGUUUCAAAAUAAUCUCGAACGUGACCCAGCGCUGUCUUGGCAAUACUUUGGCUCAUCAACCGGCUUCCUACGCCGUUUUCCCGGCACCGCUUGGCCACCUGAGGGUUCGAAAGGUAGCAAACAGAUACAUGAUUUUCGUGCGCAAAAUUGGUUUGUGCAGGCUGCAUCGUCACCAAAAGAUAUUAUGAUCUUACUAGACUCCUCGUCCAGUAUGUCGGAGAAGUCUUUCGAACUUGCCACAGCUACGGCUUUUAAUAUACUUGAUACGCUAGGCGAGGAUGAUUUCGUUAAUUUAAUCACCUUUUCGGAGGAUGUCAAAACGCCAGUGCCGUGCUUUAAGGAUCGUAUGGUUCGCGCUACCCCGGACAAUGUACAGGAGAUAAAGUCCGCAGUGAAGGCCAUCAAACUUGAAGACACAGCUAAUUUCACAGCUGGCCUAGAGUAUGCCUUUAGUCUGCUUCACAAAUACAACCAAUCUGGUGAAGGCAGCCAAUGUAAUCAGGCUAUUAUGCUCAUCACCGAAAGCACAUCUGAGACCCACAGCGACAUAAUCAAACAAUAUAAUUGGCCACAUAUGCCCGUACGAAUUUUUACGUAUUUAAUCGGUUCAGAUUCGAGCAGUCGCAGCAAUCUGCAUGAAAUGGCUUGCUCUAACAAGGGAUUCUUUGUGCAAAUCAAUGAUAUGGAUGAUGCACGCAAGAAGGUUAUCGACUAUGCUCUGGUAAUGGCACGUCCGAUGAUAAUGUAUCAGGCCGAUCAUCCUGUACACUGGAGUCCCGUCUUUGUCGCCGGCAAGACAGGUGGUUUGGCUCGCGACUCCGACUACCAGCGUCGGCUGGUGACGACAGUUUCAACUCCGGUCUUCGAUAGACGAAACCAUUCGGUGCGUGUGGCUAAUUUACUCGGUGUUGUAGGCACCGAUGUGCCCAUCGAGGAGAUACGUAAAAUGAUACCGCAACAUAAACUGGGACCGAAUGGAUAUUCGUUUAUCGUUGAUAAUAAUGGGCGUGUACUGUAUCAUCCAGACUUGCGUCCAUUGAGUGAUGGUAAUCAAUAUAUAGAUCAGUUGCGGCCGCGGUACACGUCGGUCGACAUAACGGAGUUGGAACUGCCGGAAACCGAGGUGGGCAAUGAGCAUGAAAUUGUCGAAAUGAAUAAGAAUCUGUUGUAUGAUAUGCGCAGCGAUAUGCUCUUGCCCAAGGAAGGUGAAACCGAAUUCACCAUAUUCAAUCACUUUGAUGGCAUGAAACGUGUAGCGGCGCGUACGCAAAGGUAUUUUUAUGGACCUAUUGACGAUACGCCCUUCACCUUAGCUGUUGUACUCCCCGAAAAAUAUGGCAGCCAUGAGUUGGUCUCCCAACAGGAAAUACGGCACUCGCGCAGAAAUGUGACUGAGUACUUCAAGGGAGAAAAUUGGCGCGUACAUCCCGAUUGGGUGUAUUGUGAGUACAACAGUGUUAGUGAUCUAGAGAAAGAGCGUGAAAGCUCGGGCGAAUCUCUCUCAGCCUCACGUGAACAAGAAUUGAGUUUUGGCUCACCCGAAGAGCAGGUGUUACAUUUCUUGGGGCGUGCAGGUCGACCCGGCUGGAAGUGGAUGUCGGUGCGCCCGAAACCACCGCAACCACACCACGCCAUGCAUGGUGCGACACCUGUCGGCCAUUUUGCCCAACAUCUGAAUAACGUACAAGGAUCUCGCAAAGCUGAACCAUACUUUUGCGAUCGAACCUUGGUACAGAGUUUGGUGCGUGACGCUAUGGUAACAGAUGGGCUGGAUCGAAAUUCCACUGCAACUUCAAAUGGCAAAGAGGAUAAACAGCAAGGUUAUCAAAAGUUUCUGGUUGCCACUUCUUUUGUUGCCACACGUUCGGGUCUGCUACGUUGGAUUGAUCACAUCAAAAGACCAGAAGACUCACCUGAGCCUCAUUUUAGUGAGGACAACGCUCGCGCGAUGGACAUGACCUGGUAUAAACGAGCCGUGGAUCAACACACCGUCGAACAGGACAGCUUUGUCUAUAGCGUGCCCUUUGCCACUGGAUAUGCACCCAAAUUGAAUACCACGCUUGUGACUGCUUCGCAUGCAAUAUUUGUCGAACAUCGUGGUCACAAGGCUAUUGCCGCUGUCGUCGGAUUGCAAUUUCAGUUGGACUCAUUGGCGAAACAUUUCAUAAACAUAACCUCAACCUGUACCGGUAUGACAGGCUGUCGCCGCACAUGUGCCUCAGAUGAUCUCGACUGCUAUGUGUUGGACAAUAAUGGCUUUGUUAUUAUCUCCGAGCAGGGUGAUCAUUCAGGCAAAUUUUUUGGUCAAAUUGAUGGCACUAUAAUGGACUCGUUAGUGCAAGAUCGUAUUUAUAAGCGCGUCACUAUCAAUGAUUAUCAAGGUGUUUGCUCGGAUGCUGACAAUCCUUAUACGGCUGCAAGCGCUUCACUGCAGCCACACCGCGCUUCCACUUGGCUAAUGAAAUAUUUGAUAUCGUUGAGCGCCACUUGGUUGUCAAUAUUACCAGCACCGUUGCAUGCUUGGCCACAGGACGAUUACACCUACAAUGAAGAUGUCUUUGAAGAGCCCUCAUAUGAUUAUGAACCUUUCGAGGAUUACAACUCACCCAUCGAUGAGGAAAUGGAUGAAUUUUUCACUACCGCUGAUGUGGAAUACACAACACCAGCUCCUAAGCAACAUAAACCGCACACCGGGCCACGCAUAUCGCCAGACCCCCAACACGCACGUCGUUGUGAUCUCCGUACAGAUCUCUAUAUGCUGCAGCCAGAGCGUCUCAAUCAAGGCGGCCAAAAUAACCCACUUAAGGGCAAAUUGACAAAUUGUCAUGUGUCAGGAUGUGAACGUCCCUUCAGCGUACAAAAAAUACCACACAGCAACCUGAUAUUGCUUGUAGUGGACACAUUGUGUCCUUGCGGCUCCAAACAGCUCGAUAUAGAACCACUAGAGGAGUCGGGUACUAUUGGUGCUUGCAGCGCGCGUCGCCAGUCGCAGGAGAGUUCAAAGCGUCGCCGACCCAAAAAAUGUAUCAACUAUCAUCCAGAAGAAAUUGAAAUACAGCAAUGUGGGCGUGCCACGUCACUCCUGCAAACGCCCAUUUCGCUCGUCAUAGCGCAUCUGCUCAUGUUGGUGGUGACAUUUACGGUCACAACUGCGUGAUACUAAGUGCAGUAAGAACUACAACACACAGGUGAAAAUUGUGCAGCAGUGGAGAGUGAACUAAGUAAACAACAUAGAAUGAAACAACGCAGCAAACAACAAACAAUAGUAAUGCCAGCAAGUAAUUCCAUACCAACAAAGCCACUAAAGAUAAACAACCAAUAAUAUUUACUGAGUAUACAAUUCUUUGUUAAAUAUACAUAUAAAUAUGUGCAUGUAACUUAGUGGAAUUAAGUUCAGAAUUGAUAUUGAUUAGGCGAAACUUCUGAAUCUACAUAGUUUUGUUUUUAGUAAUGCGGAAGGAAAAAUCUGAAGUUAGGCGCGCCAAAGGUUAAUGGUGUACUUGGAUAACUUUUGUACGAAUUGUAUAUUUUUAGGAAGUAUAUUUUGGUUGGGGCGCAUUUUUAAAAGAUUAAGGGUGCUCAAGUCAAUAACUAUAAAAGUGUUAAACGCAUUCGUGUUCUUACAAACUAAAUGGGUAUGCAAUCUUUGUACUCUUCUGUACAGCCGAAAAAAAUGUCUCCUUGUCGUGACCAAAAAUGCGGAGCUUCCUCUGUCACACAACGCUAAGCAUUGCAUUUAUAAAAGAAAAUACUUCCAAGAGAUAGUAUAAGUAAUUUCGGUAUAGGAAUAAUCACGAGUAAGGAAAUAUUCUAUGUUGUUUCCAUUCUAAAAGCGAAUUAAAAGAAGCGAGAAUUAGAGUGAAAUUUGAAUUUCAGGUCUUCAUCGAAAAUUCCACAGUGCAUACUGUAUGAGUUUCUGUAAACUUCAAACUUUAGGAAUCCAAAAAUUGUUGCGUAAAAUCUCUCCAAUCAAAGGGCAUUUAAACCUGUUUUCACAGAAAAUUAAAUUUUGCGUAUCAAAGUCAAUAAUCGAAAGUUAUUGAGAACUUUUUUUAUCUGAAAAGUAAACUGCUGCUAACUCUAUCUGGGGAAAUAACCGACUGUAGAGUUCUAAAGGCGGGAAAACAAUCAAAUUUGGCCACGCUGAGAUCACCUGAUUUUAAUUAUUCAGCUUUCGCGCAGGGUCGCGUUUAAAAACUAUAUAAGAAAUACCAAAUCAGCAAGCAUGCUAGGAGGCGUAAAAGAAUUCCAAAUAGCUACCGUAUUUUUGAAUUAAAAAUUUUAAACUUUACUUCUUAUUAUUAAAAGGUUAUACAGACCGAGGCAUAUCGACGAGGUAAUAACAGCUGCUGAUGCGACUAUGAUUCCCCGAAUGCCGUUAUCGAAGUCCACCAAUCGCAAACGAAGAGCUCCAACUUCCCCGAGAGCCCCGUGUAACCUUGGCACAAUUACGUUCUGGAUACUGUAACAGGUUAAACUCCUACUUAUCCAGAAUUGACCCCGACAUACUAAACAUAUGUACGGCAUGUGAAGGCACCCCGCACGACACUAGCUACCUUUUCACAUGCCCCAUCAAGCCCACUCAUCUAACACCCUUCUCCGUCUGGACCCAACCCGUUGAAACAGCUAGUUUCCUGGGCCUACCGUCAGAUAAGCUAGACGAAGACGACCGGUGAUUACACUACACUGACAAGGCACAGUUACUGCUACAACAACAACGAUAACAACUAUGAUUCCAAUUUUAUUGGUUCUCUAAUUGUCAAACUUUGUUUAACUUUCACUUUGUUGUUGUAUAAAGAAUUUAGGCCAUAAAAAAAGCACGCCAUUUUGUUUUUGCUCUACAGCUGCUACCUUGUUGGUGUGCUCACCGCAGAACCUUCUUGUUUCGAACUGGCCAAGGAUGCUGAUAAUGGUAUUGACGAACUUAGCAAAUAAAAUACCGAUUCAUAAUGAGUUCCAUGGCAUGACAGACCAAACGUCUGAGAUCUCAAAGAUCGCCAGAAUCUUUCUCUUCAAAUAUCGAUCCAAAUAGCAUUUCAAGCAUUUCCAUUUAUCGAAACAACAAUCAGCCUGCAACCAACCUUUGCUCUCUAGAGAUGCAGUGGCUUCUUUAAUAUGAAGUGAGGGAUUUACGGUCUACAAAUGCGCUAAUUUUGUUUGCUAAAAUAACCAAAAUAUAAUGCGUGAAAAAGCCGAUUUUCCUAACAGCUUCGGCGUUCAAUUGGAGCGUUUUUAGGCCCAACCUCAGAAUCGGUAACGGAGUAGUUGACUAUUUAUCUUUAAAUGCUGAUUGCUCUAGACCCUGUAAGUAAAAAAACCUGAGAUUAGUGAUGGACGAGUUAGAGAUGUUUAAACAAUCGAGAGAAUCGCCAUCGUUGCUUUCGACUGUUUCUUAAGAGCUUGAGAAGUUGAAAUGAUAAUACAAAAAAGAAAUAUUGUUAGAAUGCUUUAUUUUUUCAUUAUAAUCUGGUAAAUAAUUUCAUGUUUUUCUUUUAAUAGACGGCAUGUGGCCACCGCGGCUGCGAGUUACAUAAUCCAUUCGAUCAGUUAAAUUUUUGACUGGUUUUUCCUACAAAUCUGAAUAAUAAACCUUAAUGAGCUCAAUCUGCAAAAUGCGAUGCAAACGAUGGUCAUUUGGAUUCAAUUCUUGCACGAGCUGCAAGUUCUUUGCUUACGUAAAAUUUUUCAUGUAGUCGAGGGACAAAGACCAACCAGUUAAGAAUGACGGCGGAUCGACAUUUCGGCGUCUUCUUCAACACUUCGCUCUAAGAACUUCACAAGUAGGGUUUUUAUUUUUUUUAAGUAAAUUUCCACAAUUUGGAAGCGUUGUUCUGGUGUUAAACGAUUCAUCAUGACUUGCCAAACUUUACUGAAGGGAAAUGUCAACACAGUUUGUCAUUCUCAGCUAUCAAAUCAUAGUUAUCGGUGUAUGCAGCUAAAAAACUCCGGAUAUAAUCGAGUGAAUCAUCGACUCGGUGUCCGACUGUGCAAUUGAAAUAUUUUUCAAUUUUUUCAUGUCCUAUUUCAUGUUCCUUUAAAAGGAAAAAUUCCAAUUAUUACUAUAAUUCAUCUCAUUUUUACCAAACAAUAAUUAUAAGCAUUUUUGUUUCACCUCAAUUAAUAUAUCAAUGAAAUUCCAGUGACUCCGUUUUUCCUCCACAAAUAUUGAUUGGAUGCAUAAAUAAAUUGGCAUGAGUCAUAAGCUAGUCCGAGGUAUUUUGAACGAUUAUUAUCGUAUGCUAUAAGCGACUAGCAAUUAAUUUCCAGAGACUGCGAGAGAGAACCAAACGAUCUUGACUAGCCCGUAUGUUUUGGUCCAUGAUUCGAUUGUUAGCUAAUGUUACUUUAACUCAAGCACGGCUAUUCGCGAUCAGCAAUUCAUCUACGACAGAAAGCAUCAAUAUGUUUACGCAAUGUUGACAAUCGACUAAAGCAACUCGGACUUGCCCAUCACUACCUGAAAUCUUUGUGAAAAAUUCUGUUUAGGCUGGUUCAAGAAGUGCUACAUUUUUGAUAUCAGAUGCGAGUAGAUUUUCUUGGAUAUACUGUUGCGUACUCCUAGCGACAGAAGCCACAUUCUUCUCGGAUAUCACAGCUACACUCAUGUAACUUAUAAUCGAAAUUGACUGAUGUGCACUAGCAAGCCAGACUCACGAAUAUUUUUCGCAAAUGCAUGCACAGCAGAUCGAUUCAUUAAUUUCGAUUUCAACAGAAGAUUUAGAAGUGCGUCAGAAUAUAAAAUAAGAUAUGGGCAAGCUGCAGCUCUACACGAAACAAAACGAUGGUAUAGCCAAUCGUUCGGUAUCAGAAUACGAUCUUGUUCAAAAAGUUCACGGAAUAUAUUCAGAAAAUAUAAAAGAUUAUUCCUAAAAAGUGAUAUUAUCGCCUUCAAAGUACUUGCCAUCAAUUGCAACGUACUUACGCCAGCGUUUGAUCCAGCUCUCGAAAUAUUUCGGGAACUCUAUUUGCAGUAUAGUCAUGGCUCUUCGAUUGUUUCAUUACCUCCUUUCUGCUGUUAAAAUGUAUUUUUUGACUCGGUCAAACGAAAAAAAGCGCAAGGAGCCAUAUUAGCUGAAUUCGAUGGAUUUUGGAAGGUAUUAAUUUUGUUCUUGGUAAAAAUUCACAGAUAAAAAUGGCACUGUGCGACGAUGCGUUAUUUUGGUGCAAAAUCCUCGAGUUGUUUUCCCACAAAUCCUUCCUUUUUUGACGAAUUGCUUCACGCCAACAUCUCGUAGUGCUAAAAUAAUAGUUUUUAUUAACUGUCUGAUCUUCUGGUGAAAAUUCGUGGCGUAUUAUUUCCUUGUAAUCUAUAAAAACCAUGAGCAUCGAUUUCUUUUUUUAGACUUGGUUCAUUCAGAGCUCUCCGCUCACUCGCCUGAUGUCUGAAUUGCGUCUCAUACUCAUAAACCCACGACUUGUCUGCAGUAAUGAAGCAUUUGAUGAAUGUUAGAUCGGAUUCAGAGCCUUGGAAAUUAUGUCAUAUGAUGCAGAAGUAAUAUUUUACUACUUACUUACUUAGACGGCUCUAUGUACAACCGUAUGCGGAUUUUGGUCGAAUCUAAAACAUUGCGCCAUCUAGCGCGAUUCGCUGCUUGCUAGAGCCAGUUAGUGACACCCUCACUUGAUCUCUUCAACGUAGAUCCUUCGUACGCCAGUCGGUUCCCUCUCGACGGGUUGCCGUGCCGGAACACUUCCUUUCAUCCUCUAGACAUGACAAAGCCAACGCAUUCGCUGUAUUUUAUUACGCUUCACUUGUCCAUGUCUCGGUAUAGCUCAUACAGCUCGCUGUUCCAUCGGAUCCGGAAUAUUUUACUAAUUGAAAAAAGAGAAGAAAAUAGACAGUUGAGACAAAUGGGCAUUUUUCAGCAGUACUGACUCUUUGUAGAACUUCUUUGUAUGUAACCUAGAAAUUUACCCUAGAAAUUUAUAGUUUAAAGGCUGUAAGGCAGUAUGGACUCUCUGUAGAACUUUCAGACUAGAAAUUUACACAAAAUUUGGUGACUCUGGGAUAUUUAGGCACUCAUAACAGCCCCGCCAUGCUUCCCAAAAGUACUUCCGCCUUUCACUAAAUCUUUUAACCGACAGAUUUUUUCCAAAGGCGAAUUUUCGUUUUUCAAAUAGAAGUGGAAUAAGUUUAUUGAAUGCCUCCUAUAAAGAUAAGAUGUAGUUAAAUUGCAAAAAAACGAAAUGGAUGAUUUUGUGCAAGUUGGUAGACAAUAAAUAUUUAAUUUAACUAACUUAUAAUUAAUAAGCAAAAUUAAUUCCAAUUAGUUGUAUUGAAACUCAUUAAGAAAAAGGUAGGAAGAAUUAAGCAACUUUAGUAUUUGUAGUUCAUGUAUAUUGAUAAAAAAAAAUCAUUUAGUAGCGACGACUAUGUUAAUAUUGAUUAGUACUAAAUAGCGAAAAAAUAAGUGUAUUAGUACAGUGAUACUAACAAAGUAGUUACGGACAUAAAUUUAAACUACAAAAUUCAAGCGAUUACCUAUUGGCUGACAGCUUGCAUACAUCUGAAUGUACGAGUAGUAAUGGGCUAAUUAUUGGUAAUUAACGAAGUACUCGUAUGCAUAAAAAAUACCAAAUUGUUUGAAUAGACUUUAGUAAAUGAAUAUAGCAAUUUUUAUAGGCUUAAAUUUUUUGUUGAAAUUUAUUGGAGGGAUAAAAGUAGCAUUUAAAUACACAUACUAUUUAUUGAAAGCAUGCUAAGCCAUGUGAGAAGGGUAUCAGGUAUGGAAAGCGUUAAGUGGAGCGUAGACAAACAAAGUGAGUGUGUUGAAGAAGUUUAGAAAAAUUGUUUGAUUAUUUGAGAAUUUUUUUUAUAAAUUCAAAUAUAAGUGCGCGGAUGAAAUAAAUCCAUAUUUGAUGCACACUUAGUACAGUGUAAUACAUUCAAUAUAAAUGUAGUUAAAUUAUUGACGUUAUAAAAAAUUUAAAAUCAAAAUUUAUGAUUAAAAAAAAAAACUAAAACUAUAAGGACUAAGAUGAUUAGUGUAUAUUCGCAUUGAAAAAAAAAACAUGUUUUGUGUAAAUACUGUUGACAGCAAAAAAUUAAUGGAAAAAUACAGUUGAACAGUUUUGAUGUAAAGAAAAGUAACAAAAAUUCCUACCGAUCCGUUUUUAAAGUAUAGACAUAGUGAUACUCAAAAUUUUGUUGUUAAUUUUCAAUAACUCCACAUGCCAUGACAAGUAUUUCGAAGCUAGGUAAAAAUUACAAAAAAAAACAACAAAAAAACAGAAUACAUUUUAAAAACACCAAUUGUUCUAUAAAAGAUUGAUUUUAGGAGAGGUUUUAUUUUCAAUUAAAACACUGUAUGGCCGAAUUGACUUUUUUUCUGGGUUUUUAGGAGAUUAAGGCAUUUUUCAAUUUUUUGGGAGAUUUAGGCAUAAGUAAAAAAGCAAUCAAUAGUAUUACUAAUUAGUGAUUACUUUUUUGUUAAAUUUAUUUUUUAUUUUUCAUUCCGAGCGCCGUAGACGAAUGAGUUGGUGCGUAAUUAACAUUCGGGAAAGUGUAGGUUCGAGUCUCCGCGCAUGAAGCAGCAAAAUGACAGUUUUUUCUAAUAGCAAUUGCUCUUCGGUGCGUGAGUACCAUUUGGAAUUCAGAGAGAACUUAGCUUCAAAUCUCGGUGAAACACCAAAAUGAAGAAAAAGUUUUUUUCUAAUAGCAGUCGCCGCUCGGUAGGCAAUGGCAAGCCGCCGAGUGUGUUUCUGCCAUGAAAAAGCUACUCAUAAAAAUAUCUGCCUAUCGGAGUCGGCUUGAAACUGUAGGUCACUCCACUUGUAGACACAUACCAUACACAGACGGAGAAAUUCGACUAAACACCUACACAGAAGUGUACGCGCCAACUAUUUAUUUAUUUAUUAAUUUUUUGUUUUACAAAAAAUAGGUUCUUUUCAUUGUAAAAGGCCUUUUUUCAUUUUUACAUACAAAGUAUAUAGUAUUGCAUAUUCAUGGCAAUAGAGUUUAAGCAUUUUUACAGCAACACCAAUUUUUAAAAAAUCGGUCAAAUAAUAUUUAAAAUAAAGGGGGGUUAAGUUUUACGGGCCGGUGCUGAUUUUGAAUAAAAUACAAUUCUUUUAAAAAAUUAUUGUCAUUUCUCCUUACUACGAUAAUAUUGGUAUGAUUCAAUUACGUAUGGAACAAAAUAUCGGCCAAAUGACCACCGCGACCUCGGCGGCACACCUCCAUCCGAUGGUCCAAAUUUUCGAUGACGCUGAGGCAUAAUUGAGGUUCUAUGCCGUUAAUGUGCCGAAUUAUCUCAUCCUUUAGCUCUUGAAUUGUUGCUGGCUUAUCGACGUAUACCUUUUCUUUCAAAUAACUUCAAAGAAAGAAGUCCAACGGUGCCAAAUCACAUGAUCUUGGCGGUCAAUUGACAUUGCCGCGACAUGAGAUUAUCCGGUCAUAAAAUUUUUCGCGCAAACGAGCCAUUGUUUCGUUAGCUGUGUGACAAGUGGCACCGUCCUGUUGAAACCACAUAUCGUCCACAUCCAUAUCUUCCAAUUCAGGGCAUAAAAAGUUCGUUAUCAUCUCACGAUAGCGAACAUUAUUCACAGUAACUGUCUGACCGGCCUCAUUUUGGAAAAAAUACGGCCCAAUGAUGCCGCCUGCCCAUAAACCGCACCAAACUGUCACUCUUUCGGCAAUCACUCUUGGAUUAUCAUUCGCCCAAAUGCGGCAAUUCUGCUUAUUGACGAAUCCACUGAGGUGAAAAUGUGCCUCAUCACUGAAAAUGAUUUUCUUCGAAAAUUGGUCAUUCACUGUUGCCAUUUCCUGCCACCAUUCUCACCAUUAACAAGGGGGUUGAAAUGGUCAAGAGGCUUUAGUUCUUGAGUCAGUUGUACUUUGUAAGCGUGUGAAUGCAAGUCUUUAUGCAUAAUGUUCACCAACGACGGGCGUGAGAGGUGCAAUUGUUGGGCACGACGACGAGUUGAGGUGGACGGUACUUCAAUCACACUAUCGCGAACAGCAGCAAUAUUUUCUGCAGCACGAGCUAUACGAGCAUGCACUGGUGUUUUCACAUCUCCUACAGACCUGGUUUGCUCAAACUUUUGCACAAUUUUUCCGAUUGUACGCACAUUUUGACGAUUAAAUUGACCGAAAAAAUCACGAAGUGCGCGAUAUGUAUUUUGAUUUGAACGCCCGUUUUCAUAAUAAGCCUGAAUAACUUUAACGCAUUGCUCGAUUGUGUGUAUCUUAAAUUGAAAAAUGUCGAAUGAAAUGCAGAAAAAAGCUUGACGUUUAGGUGUGGUUCCCAUUCAACAUCAGCCCUUGAAAUGUAGCCACCCUUUAUAAGGUGUUUAAUUUUUCGAAGAUCUGCUCUUUGACCCCUAAUAGCAUUUGUAAUAAAAUUUUGUGCUAGAAAUAUGAUAUGCUAUUUAAGCGCAUGAAGCAAGCGGUGCAUGAUCAUAUAUUUGUUUUUGUUAUUCACACGCAUUAAUUUAAAACGAUUUUUUGCUGAAGCUCCCAUUUCGAACUUCGAAGGCUCAUAUCUUGAUUUUGGAUUCUCGGUUAACUUCGAAAAUCGGAGAAAGCACUUCUUUACUUAUGACUAAAUCUCUCAAACCAUGUUUGCUCAAAACUGGUUUGCUCAAAAGCCUAUCUGAGUGCUAUACAGUGUAAUAAAAAUAAUGUUUUAGUUUUCACUUUGCAAGUCAGUGCAGAAAAAAAAAAAUGAUAAAAACAAUGAAAAAAAAAAAUUAAUAAAAACACAGUUUAAGCACAAACAUUUUUUGGCAUCAAAAACCUUUGAGAAUAUUGGUAAAUAGAUUGACUUUUAAAAAAUUAUUUUCCUUGCACCAUCUACAGAAGCGCACAAAUAUGCACUGCACCUUUAAAUUUUUUGCGUAAAUAUUUUUUAUUUUCAUUUUUACUUUUGUAUAUUUCGUUUUGCAAAUGCAUAAAUGAUGCCAUAUAACUAUAAAUUUUAAGUAUACACAGCGUCACAACAACAAAGAACAAAAUUACAUAUGAAAAAAUUCAAGCGAAGUUAAAUGAAAAGACUUAAUGCAAUUACUGAAAGUCAUAUCAGUUUAAACAAAAAAAUAUGUAUGUAUGUAUGUAUGCAAAUAUUGAUUGUACUUAUACAAUAUUGACGAUUUUUUCCACAACAAAACCAAAUAGAUAAAAAAUAAAUGCAACUAAGAAGUUUUCAUACAUAUACCCUGUACGCAAUGUAGUGAGCGGCCGUAAGGUCAAAACGAGAGGCAAACAAACAACCAAACGGCAUAGCAAUAACAAACGAAUUAUACUAAAAAUAUUCAAAAAGGAAUGAAGGAAAAGGAAGAAACACUUUUGUUGGUAUUUUUACUCAAGCGAUUUAUUUUAUAUAAAAACUUUAUACAAAUGAAACUGACAAAGUAAAAAAUAAGUGCAGUAAAAAAACAACAAUUUGAAAAAUGCAAAAAAAAAAAAUAUUUAAAACAAUUAGUCAUAAAUAAGAAUAAAUUUAAACGAAAAAGAAAACUUAAAUAAGCAAAAAAUUGAUAAAUGUCAAAAAACAAAAAAAAUGCUUAAAUUUUCGUGAAAAUUUUCGCAUUUCUCACUGCAAUUGCAAUUGGCAAAAAUAUCAAAAAAUAAGUUAAAUUAAAAAUUCAAGUAUUCAAAAUUUGCAGUGUUCGCGGAUUUUCGCUAAAUCAAUAAAACAACUAAAACAAAUUGAAAAUAAAAUUAAUAAAAAUUAAACAUAUCGUCUAUUUCAUAAUCAAAUUGUGUUUUUGCGCGUUUUUUGCAACAAAGCGUUGUUUUUUUACUUUCAACUUUCAUUGAUGUAAUUCCUUUUUUUAUUACUAAAAUUAACACUAACAUAAGAAGAAAAGGAAAAUUAUGCAAAGAGCAAAGAUAUAAGUAAAGGAAAAAAGUACGAAGAAAUGUUUGGGGAAACAAAAUAUAUCGAUAACUAUGAAAAUAAUGCAAUGAAGGGUUGAGGCGUAAAAAAAAUAAAAACAAAAAUUCACACACAAAAACAUUUUCUGUGUCUUAAACUUGUAUAAAAAAAUGUCUUCCAUUAAUUAAUACUAAACAAAAAAUGUAAAUUAAAUACUAAAAAAACAAAAAUGCAACUUAUUAAUUAACUAUUAAAUAUUAAAUAAAUACAUACGCAUUCAAACUCAUUAAGUGAACUCACACACAUAUACGCAACACUCAUUUUUACACACACUUGCAUUUAACACGCGAAUACUACUAUUUAAUAAUAAAAUAAAAUUAAAAAAAAAAAUUUGAAAAAAAUUAAAUUGAAAAAAUUGUAAUGAUAUGCAAAAUUAUGGAUCGUAUGCAAGGAAUUUGUAAAAUUUGUGAAUGUAUUGUACAUAUGUACGAGUAUAUACUUAAACUUGUAUUUAAGCUGGAAAUGUAAGUAUGAGAAGCCAACAAAUGCAUUUGUACGAAAGUGUAAAUAAGGCAUUAUUACUCACGAGACAUGUCGAGUAUGUGGAAUAUACUACAUAUAUUGUGUGUGUGUAUGUAUAUAUACAGGGUCCACCAUAUAACUUUACGGAAUUAAAAAUGCUAUAUUAUAAAAAAGAAACUACUCAAUAUUUUUCCAAACGGUUUUUUCAUUGUGAAGUACAAUCCUUCCGGUUAAUGAUGGAAUACAACUUCAUGCAUAUGGCUUCCUCGGCUAGCCAUCACCAUCCCAUACGAUCGGUCCAAUUUUUCAACACAUUUUCGAUUGUAUUUCAGCUUUGACAUCGCGUAUGUUGGUCUUCAGUGCAUCAAUUGUUGCUGGUUUGUUGGCAUAACACUGGUCUUUGACGGCACCCCAAAGAUAAUAAUCCAACGGCGUCAAAUCGAUAAUGCGAUCUUCGAAGGCAGUGCGCAAAAGAUUGAUCGUAGCAUUCGCUGUGUGGCAAGUAGCGCCAUCUUUUCAAAGUAAUGUCGCAAUAUUUCCCAGCGUUCUUUAAGCGCAUACACAACCAUUUUCGUUCAGCGGAAAAUAAAACUAAUUUUCUGUCAAAUCAGAUGACAGCUAAGUGUUACCAUUCUUCAAAUAAUACCUAGUUCAAAUCCGUAACGAUAUAUGGCGGGCCCUGUACUAAGAACCUUUGAGUUUUCGAUUAAUAACAUUGGAACACUUCAACAUUUGAGUGACUGGCUAUUCUACAGAGUUGUACAGCAUAAGUCAAAAUCGGCUGAAUUGGGAGUUCUUUCUAAAAAGACAGUACACUGCUUAUCAUGUCAGCCUUCUAUCAAGAAGAACAACCAAGAUAUUUAACUGUCGUAGUUUGGGGAAUUUGAGUAUAGCACAGCCACUAUCUUCUUCUAAGAUUGAGGGUUGUAUAUAUGAGUUGAUUUUUGGGGAUUAACUAUAAUUUUCCAUUUAUUUAACCAUUUCUCUACUUCACAUAGCUCUUUCUGCACACAGUGAAAGGUUUCUUCUGGCGCUUCACGUGUUACGAGUAUAAUUAUGGCCGCAUCGUUAGCAUACGUGGCUAUGUUUACAUCUGCCAAGUCAGGUAAAUCAGUAGUGAAAAUUGUGUACAGAACCGGGCUCAAAACGCUGUCUUACGUAACGCCGAUAUUUAUGGAGUAUUAUGUUAGAUAGAGCAUAUGUUAGAUAUGAUCUUAGCAAUUAAAAGUAUGGAGCUGCAAGAUUUAUUUUUAAAUUUUAUAUAAAAUUCCCGAAUGACAGACUUGACCGAAUACUUGUUGUACAUCAAGAAAAACCGCUGUGCAAUAUUUUUUAUUUUUCAGUGCAUUUGUAAUAUCGUUAAUAUCAAGAAAUCAAGAGAUAAUUUGAAAUAAAUGCCAUUUUGUGUUAUUUGAAAUUAGUAAACUUUAUAACUCCCAACGCGUGAUCUUGAGAUGGUUGUGCAAGUUUUUUACAUUUACUUUCAACCUAUUUUUUCUUUGCAGCUCCAUAACUUCUUCUUAAUUGACGCGAUUACCGCUUACGCGAUUUUGGCCGAGUUUAACAAAGCGCGCCAGUCAUUUCUUUCUCCUGCUAACCGACGCCAGUUGGACACACUAAGUGGAGCCAAGUCCUUCUCCAUCUGAUCUUACCAACGCAGAGGAGGUCUUGAUCUUCCUUUGCUACCACCGUCCGUUUGUAUCCAUUCGGAUACAUUCGCUAUGCUAUGACUAUUUUGACGUAAAUAUCAUACAGCGUUCCAUCGCUUGCCAAGGUCCAAAAAUCUUACGCAGAAUUUUUCUCUCAAACACUCCAAGCGCCGCUUCAUCGGAUGUUGUCAUCGUCCAAGCUUCUGCGCCAUACAUUAGGACGUGCAAGAUAAGAGCCUUGUAGAGUAUUUGUUUUGUUCGUCGAGAGAGGGCUUUACUACUCAAUUGCCUACUUAGUCCAAAGUAGCAUUUGUUGCCAAGAGAAAAUCUUCGUUACAUUUCAAGGCUGGGAUUUUCAUCGGUGUUAAUGCUUGCUAAUUAUAUUGAACAGUUGACAACAAAAUGGAUACCCCAUAUUUGCCAUUUGAAGCGUUGAUAUUAUGCAGACUUGUUUUUGGGGCAAAGUCUUCAGACUCACUUACACAACGACCAAACAUGUUUCCAGCGAAUGCAAAUUUAAUGGGUUUUUUGAAAUUAUGUAGAAUAAAAUUGAGUCUUAUUGUCUUGUACAAAAUUCGCUUUAUCAUUUACAAGACUUGGAUAAUUUUUUCACUUCUGCCAAAAAACCACUUAGAAUAUCAAAAUCAGAAUCUUCACGUUCUGCCAUUAUUAAAUAUUUGUUACUGUUACUAGCCUUACUUACGGGUAGUUCUCGAGGACUUCUUCAAAACACAAAAGAAAAAUAUUGUCUUAUGCAGAAGGCUUUCCCGCAUAUAAUAGACUACACUUGUAUAAAAAUAUGAAAAAAUGAGCACACAAUUAUUUAUUGAAAAAAGUGCUUUUUUCGCUAUUUUUUUCAAAAAAGGUGUUAAAUAACAUUAAAAAAUGAUUUUUUUUUUUGUAUUUUGUUAGUUAAUUAGUACCGCAUUUUAAUUAUCUUUAUAUUGAUUAUCGGUUUGAAACGAUAACUUUCGUCGCUUUUUAAAAUCUUACACGCCAUUUUGAAAAACAUGGUUUUGAGAAAACGUGUUUCAAAGUUUUCAAAAGGUAAACAGUAUACUCACACGAGGGACGGUACACAGGCCUGUAACUCCGAAAUCACUAUGAAUUCCGCUAUAAAAUUUUGAGGGCAUAUCUAUACUAUAAAGGUCUGUACGUUGUCCGCGCAUCACUGCAAAACGAGAACACCAAAUGACGUAAAAAUUUUUAUAUAAUCAUAUUUUCACCCAAUGAAGGUUGUAGGCAUGUUUUUAUGAUGGAACUCCCUUCCCACAGCCCCCAGGCUGCGCCACCACUCUCAUUCGUCACUAAUAAUCGAAUAUUUGCUUAAAUUUAAUCUAAAAAAUCUUAGUUUUUCCUAUUUCCCACCAUUUAUAGCACACUCUAGACUUCAUAAUUCACAUAAGCUGUUCAACUAUGAUCCAAAUGCAAAGUUCAAAAACGGUUUGAGAUAGAAAAUUAAUAAAAAUAAUUUUGUUCAUAUUUUUCUGAUUGGUUGUUUUGAUUUUAUUCAACGAGGCAUAGCAACGGAUGCCGGGUAUUGUAAUAUUAUGGUUAUUAAUAAAAAAUUAUUUUCUAUGAAAUUAUUGUUUGUAAUUCUUUUAUAUACAUAUCUUAAA